CUCUGUUCAUUGCAAGAUUUGUUUUACAGUUCUGCCAGUGUGCGACUGCUGAAGUUUUCCCUUUAGCUUAGUCUUGAACCCAUCAUGGUCGUGUAUCAUAAACAGUUUGAAAAUGCUGGCCAGUCAACAGGACUCCAGAUCUGGAGAAUUGAGAACAUGGACCUGGUACCAGUCCCAAAGACCUUGUAUGGAAACUUCUAUGUGGGAGAUGCCUACUUGGUGCUGAACACCAUAGCGAAGAACAACAGCAAGUAUUAUGAUCUGCACUACUGGCUGGGAAAGGAGUGCUCUCAAGAUGAAAGUACGGCUGCUGCCAUAUACACGGUGCAGCUGGAUGAAUUCCUGGGAGGGAAACCUGUGCAAUACAGAGAGAUUCAAGGACACGAGUCAAGUGCAUUUGUGGGCUACUUUAAAGGUGGAAUAAAGUACAAGGCUGGUGGAGUUGCAUCUGGAUUCCAACAUGUUGUUACUAAUGAACUUGGUGCCCAACGACUUCUUCAUAUUAAAGGAAGGAGAGUUGUCAGAGCUACAGAAGUGCCGCUUAGUUGGUCCAACUUCAACAGCGGCGACUGCUUUAUCGUCGACCUUGGAGCUGUCAUUUAUCAGUGGUGUGGCUCCGAAUGCAACAAAUAUGAACGUCUCAAAGCUGCACAGGUUGCCCAUGGGAUCCGUGACAACGAGAAAAAUGGAAGAGCUCAAAUCAUAGUAGUGGAAGAAGGAAGUGAACCAAAUGAACUCACUAAGGUUUUGGGAGCCAAGCCCCAGCUGCCUGCAGGAGAUGAUGCUGAUGACGUGGCAGAUGAUACCAAUCGGAAGAACGUUAAGCUUUACAUGGUGUCGGAUGCCAGUGGAUCUAUGAAGGUCUCAGUUGUCGCAGAGCAAAGUCCCUUUUCUAAAGCCAUGCUUCUGUCCGAGGAGUGCUUUAUUCUGGACCAUUCUGGUGACAAAAAGAUCUUCGUCUGGAAAGGCAAGAAUGCAAAUACUGAAGAGAGAAAGGCUGCCAUGAAGACCGCUGAGCAGUUUAUCCAGCAGAUGAAUUAUCCUGCCACUACCCAGAUCCAAGUUUUACCAGAAGAAGGGGAGACUCCCAUCUUCAAGCAGUUUUUCAAAGACUGGAAGGAGAGGCACCAAAGCGAAGGAUUUGGCCAAGUGUAUGUGACGGAAAGGAUCGCUAAUAUCAAACAGAUUGAUUUUGACGCUUCCAAGCUGCACGAAUCUCCAGAAAUGGCGGCUCAGCACAACAUGGUGGAUGAUGGCUCUGGAAAAGUAGAGAUCUUUCGUGUAGAAAGUUGCGGCCGGGUUCCGAUAGAACCAAACACAUUUGGCCAGUUCUAUGGCGGAGACUGCUACAUUAUUCUCUAUACCUAUGCCAAAGGGCUGAUCAUCUACACAUGGCAAGGAGCCAAGGCAACGCGGGAUGAGCUCACAGCAUCUGCUUUCCUCACCGUGCAGCUGGAUCGCUCCCUCGGAGACCAGGCUGUUCAGGUACGCGUUACGCAAGGGAAGGAGCCUCCUCAUUUACUGAGCUUGUUCAAAGACAAACCGCUCAUUAUAUACAAAGAUGGCACUUCAAGAAAAGGAGGUCAGACGCCACCUAGUGCUGUACGGCUGUUCCAAAUCCGCAAAAACUUAUCCACUAUUACUCGGAUCAUAGAGGUGGACACAGAUGCUUCUUUGCUGAACUCAAAUGAUGUUUUUGUUCUGAAACUAAAAAAUAACUCUGGCUACAAGUGGAUAGGAAAAGGAGCGAGCGGGGAAGAGGAAAAGGCAGCUGAAUACAUAGCAAAUGUCCUCAGGUGCAAAGUUUCCAAAAUAGCAGAAGGGCAGGAGCCAGAUGAAUUCUGGAGUGCUUUGAAUGGAAAAAAAAAAUACCAGACCUCUGCAUUACUGGAAUCCAAGUCUAUUGUGAACCCUCCAAGGCUGUUUGGAUGUUCAAACAAGACAGGAAGGUUUUUGAUUGAAGAGGUCCCGGGAGAAUUUACUCAGGAUGAUUUAGCAGAAGAUGAUGUUAUGUUGCUUGAUACACAUGAACAGGUGUUUCUGUGGAUUGGAAAAGAUGCCAAUGAACAGGAGAAAAAAGAGUCCUUGAAAUCAGCUAAACAGUAUAUUGAAACAGACCCUUCUGGAAGGGAUAAAGGUAUUCCAAUUGUUUCAGUGAAACAAGGACAUGAGCCUCCAAACUUCACUGGCUGGUUCAUGGCCUGGGACAGCAAUAAAUGGCAGAGCUGAGAAAAGCUACAGAACCCGCAAAUCAUUUAGAAACUGGUUUUCUUCAAACAUUCCUUGCAUUUUUUUGUGUGUGUGAUUUACUAUAACUGUGGGGCAUGGGACAUACAUACAGGUGCAGCGCGCAGGCCAAUGAAGUACUUAGGCUAUUUUUUAAAUAUAUUUGUAUUUUAUGCAGAAAUUAUAAUCUAAAUAAAAAAUAUUAAAAGCUUAUGUACCAUGUUGUACACACUGUAAUGUACCAAACAGAAAAUGCCAAGCCAAGUUUUAUAGGCAACUAAAGGCAACAAAGCUGAGCUGCAAUGUGAGGACUGAUCCUCUUCCUCACCCAACAGACAAAGAGAAAAUAAAUGAUUUUUUUUUAUUUCAGAUUUUCAUUUUCAUUCCACUUUUCCCUGUGCUCACUAAUGCUUUUCCCUUGGGAAAGUUCCUAGGGCAUAUUUCAAUCAUUACCCUGUGUCUAGAUAAUUCCCUUGGCAUCCCCUGUCAAAAAAGAUGAUCAUUUUAAGGUUAUACAAUGUCUGGAAAACACCUUAAAGCAUAUGUCAGAUUCUUCAAAUAGAAUGACUCUAUGAAUGACAAUGAGAUCAGCAGGUUCCUUCGACAAAUGUAUUUACCAGAAUAAGCAAACUAUUCUCUAACCUAUACUUUUAAUGAGACCUAUGAUGUGAUUUUUAUUGGAGCAUCAUAAAUUCUGGUAAUGAAAAACCAGUUCUAAAAUAGUCAAGUAAUCUAACAAUGACUGAAAAAAUAUCAGUGAUACAAUACUAGUGUGUAGCUACUCAAGGCAGUAUUUAAAUACAGGGACCCAUGGGCCCAUGCUUAGGGCCACAGCUUUUAGGAUAGCUAUAUAUACACAUAUAAAAAGUGCAUGAGUGGGAGGGAGGUGCCUCUUACUGGGGGGAGCGGUGCUUAGGGCACACCCGACCAACCAAAAUACAGCCCUGUAGCUAAUGUACUAUGUUAUUUUAUAAACUUCCUUCAUGAGAAUUUGUGUUUUACAUCAAAAUUAUAUGAGUGGCAAGCUUUCCAGGAAAACACUGCAAUAAGUGGAAUAAGCCAUUUGGGGAACACAUUUCUUUUGUAAAACAAAACUAUUCCAAAAUGUAUUGUCUGUAUAUAUUACACUUGGGUUCAUGUGCCAAUACCAUUGCCAAACUUGAAUUAUUGCCCUCGGUUUGCUAUAUUUUGAUACAUAAUUGUUGCACACAGUGUUUUAUGUUUUUUUAAAUGCCUGUUUUACUGUUUCUUUUAAAUAUUCCAUUCUGUAAAGGCUGUGCUUGAGCAUUUUCUUAGCGUAUGUAACAUUUCAUGUAUUUGUUUUACUCAUUAAAUGUGGCAGCUUCUAAAAUG